CUUGAUCCCAGGACUCCAGGAUCUCGCCCUGGGCCGAAGGCAGGCACUCAACUGCUGAGCCACCCAGGUGUCCCAAACUAUAUCCUUUAAAUAAUAACACUUAGUGUGGAACUUCAAAAAGAUUGGGCAGCCCCGGUGGCGCAGUGGUUUAGCACCGCCUGCAGCCCAGGGCGUGAUCUGGAGACCCUGGAUCGAGUCCCCACGUCGGGCUCUCUGCAUUUAGCCUGCUUCUCCCUCUGCCUGUGUCUCUGCCUGCCUCUCUCUCUCUCUCUCUCUCUCUGCAUUUCUGUGAAUGAAUAAAUAAAAUCUUUAAAAAAAAAAAAAAGAUUAUUUACCAAAUUAGGUGAAAAGUGAUGCUGAAGAUAUGUUUGAUGCUUAAAUGUUCAAUCAAGUGUCAAAAGGACAAUCUUUUUGUCGUUGCUGUUUUUUCUGUCUUUAACUUGAAUAUAGCAUAAUAAAAGUUGUCUAAUUUCAUUUACUUUUUAAAGAUUUUAUUUAUUCAUUCAUGAGAGAGACACAGAGAGGCAAAGACCUAGGCAGAGGGACAAACAAGCUUUCCUACAGAAAGCUUGGUGUAGAAUUUGAUCCCAGGACCCUGGGAUGAUGUCCUGAGCCAAAGGCAGAUGCUCAACCACUGAGCUACCCAGGUGCCCCAAUUUUUCUCAUUUUAGUAUUUGCCCUAGGUUUUGCUUUUGCUUGCUGUUAGUAUUAGUAAAACUAACUAAAUUCUACUAGACUUCAAAAAAAAAAAAAAUUCUACUAGACUUCUAGAAGAAGGUGUGACUAAUUAUUAUUGUAAUUUUUGUUACUUAGAGUCAGUGUCUUACAUUAGUUUUUUGGUGCUUUCUAUUUCUAUAUAUAAAAGGAUUUCCAAAACAGAAAAAAGAGAAAAAAGAACAAGAUGAAGAUUUCUGGAGUUUAGUUACAAAUAAAUCUAGGGCUUAGAGGUUCAAAUUUCAUCAUCUAGAAUUAUGGGUCUGUAUAAAAUACACAUAAAACUUUGCAUUUCAUCCUGAAAAAAUGGGAUGAUACCUAUUAGAAUGGGCCUUUGAGUCAUUUAAUCCUUUUAUUAACUUUUAGUGUUGACUUUCAGUAGAAGUUCUUUCUACUCAUCAUGUAUCUUUUAUAUAAACAGCAAAAAAUUCAUCACAGAAAAUACCUGUAUGUAGAAAUUGCUCUUGCAUCUGUUUUUUUUUUUUUUCCUUUUUACUGCAUUAUAAACAUUUCUGGCUAUUAUUACGAUUCUAAGACUUUUUUCCUGAUAAUAAAAGACUAGGUAAUUCCAAUGCCUCUUGUAGAGAGUAUUUGGGGAGGAGGGGCAAAAUAUAUAAAAUAUGCAUUGAAAGCAUCACAGAAGUAUAAAUGUAGUGGGAAAAUGAAGGUCCUAAGAUUAAGAGACGGAACCUCAGAAAAGUAAUCUGUUACUUGAGGCUGGUUUUCUCUUACGGGUGUGUGUUCAGUUCUACGAAAAAAAUGCAGAGAAAGGCUGUAAGAACUUUCAACAAAUUCACAGGGGCCCAGAAAGGAGGGAUACUGGUAAAAACAAAAACAAAAAACCAACAAAAACACAACUCUUCCAACCUCUGGCUUGGGAUGCUAACAUAAUCCAGAGCCUCAAAUUUUUUUAGUUUUUCAUGUAAACAGCAAUCAGGAAUGUGAGACAAGGCCAUAUGACAGCAAAUCAAGAAGAAAACAGACAAUAGGAUUAUCAGAUGCAGAUUUAAGGAACUAUACAGUUUAACUGCAGAUUGAGCAUAGCUGAAAAGUGUAGGUGAACUGUAAGAUAUAUGAGAAAAUCAGUCACAAGGGUGGAAAACCAGAAAGAUAUCUAUGACACUUGAUGAAAAGGACAUGUAUUUAAUGUCCCAGAAAGAGGAGGAAAGAAGUGAGACAGAAGAGGUACAACUGAGAAUUUUCUAAAAUGGACAAAAAAUACUAACCUACAAAUUCAAGAACACUUACCCCAUGCAGAACGAAUACCUUAAGGAACCACUAAAAGACAUGUAUAGAAAUCAUAGUCAAAAUUUGUAACAAUCCGGGCAGCACAGAUGGCUUAGUGGUUUAGCGCCGCCUUCAGCCCAGGGUGUGAUCCUGAAGACCUGGGAUCGAGUCCUACAUCGGGUUCCCUGCAUGGAUUCUACUUCUCCCUCUGCCUGUUUCUCUGCCUCUUUCUCUCUCUCUGCCUCUCAUGAAUAAAUAAAUCAAAUCUUAAAAAAAAAAAAUGGAGAAAAGCAAGCGGCAUCAUGGUGGCCUACAAGCAGCGUCAGAAGGGGCCCCUGAAAGUAAAAGGCUUUGCAGUGUUUGGUGUGACCAAGUGGAAAAAGAAAAAGGACAAAGACAAGGCGAAACUCUCAGAAGCGAUGGGAGCGAGCAAAAAGAACAAGGAGGGGAAGCAGCGUGGCUUGGACAAGCAAACCCCAGCCCAGGCAGCCUUCGAGAAGAUGCAGGAGAAGUGGCAAGUGGAAAGGAUCCUAAAGAAAACAUCCAAAACCCACAAGCAGAGAGUGGAGGACUUCAAGAGACACUUGGACACCCUUAGCGAGCACUAUGACAUUCCCAAAGUCAGCUGGACGAAGUAGCCUCCCCACCCAGGGAAUGCAGUGGCAUCGAGGGGAAAUGGAAGGCAAAGUUAAGGUUUGGUGCCUUUGGUAUUUUCUAGAAACAUUCUUUUAUACACACCCUUGCUUUUUCUGCUGAGACAAAUGCUUUCCAAAUCAGUGUGCCCUCUUGCUGGAACUUGAUUAAAGUAAGACUGUUCUUUAAAAAAAAAAAUUUGUAACAAUCCAUAUGUCCAUCAACAGUUGGAUAGAUAAAUAGUUCUCGCUACACAAUGGAAUACUACUGAGUGCCCCUUAUAGACAAGAUGUUGAGUUAGGGGAUCAGCCACAGAAGAGUAUGUAUGUACUGUAUGAAUUUAUGUAUGUGAAUUUCAAAAUAAAAGGAAACUAAUUUUUUUUAAAGAUUUUAUUUAUUAGAGAUCACAAGCAGCGGGGAGGGGUAAAGGAGAAGUAGACUCCCCAUUGAGCAGGGAGCCCAAUGCAGGACUGGAUCUUAGGCUCCUGGGAUCAUGACCUGAGCUGAAGACAGACAUACUUAACUGACUGAGCCACCCAGGAGCCCAAGAAAACUAAUCUUUGAAGUCAGAAUAGGAAUGGCUUAUGGAAAGGAAAGAAAUUGUCAAGUGAGAAAAGACAAGGCUUCUGAGAAAUUGGACUUUUUGUUUAUGUGGGUGGUAGUCAUGCAAGUAUAUAUGUUGAUAUCGGCUCAGGUCAUGAUCUCAGUAUUGUGAGAUCGAGCCCUGGUCAAACUCUGCACUGGGCAUGGAGCCUGCUUAAGAGUCUCUCCCUCUCUCACCAUCUGUCUUGAGGUCUCUCCCACUCUGAAAAAAGCAAAACAAAGAAAAAAACUUUUUAAAAAUUUAAUUGAGCUCCAUACUUAAGAUUUAUUAAUUUUAUGUAUACACGUUAUUCUUUAACGACCAAAAACAUACCCCCACUGAGACACCAAAGGAAGUUUUCACUAGCAGACCAACAGUAAAGAAAUACUAAAAUAUUUUUUAGGUAGAAGAGUUCAGUUGUAAGAACAAAUGAAGAACACCUAAAAGUCAGUAGUGUACCUAGUAUUUAAUCAUGUAACUUCUAGGUGUUAAUUUUCUUUGCAAAUAAUCAAGGAUUUGAACUAUAUAAUCUACUAGGUACCUUCUCUUAAAACAUUCUUGGGAUAGGACAUGGAAGAAUUUGAUUAAAAGGUUAAGUUAGGGACACGUGGAUGGCUCAGGGGUUGAGUGCCUGCCCUUGGCCCCUGGCAUGAUCCUGGAGUCCCAGGAUUGAGUCCCA